GUGUGUGUGUGUGUGUGUUACCUCCCCUGUUCUCUGUGCGGGGUCCGUUCCCGGAGUCCGCCCGUCAGUCUGCUUUGCUGUACUCCUCACGGGGCCUCUGGCUGCUACUGUGGAGGCAAUCUCGAGCAAUGUGUCCCUUCUGAUUGCAGUUGUAGCAGGUUGCGCCUUUCAUCCAGGACGGGUCACCCCAGGUCAUCCUGCCUCAGCCCCUACCUCUUCUUCUUUGUCCAGGCUGAGCAGUCUGGAGAAGUGUUAAUCCUGUUGACAACAUGGGAAUUCACGGCCUUGCUAAGUUAAUAGCUGAUCAGGUGCCAGCAGCCAUCAAGGAGCAGGAUAUUAAAAAUUACUUUGGGCGCAAGAUUGCCAUAGAUGCCUCCAUGUGCAUUUACCAGUUUCUGAUCGCUGUUAGACAAGACGGCAAUGUUUUACAGAAUGAAGAUGGUGAGACAACAAGCCACCUCAUGGGCAUGUUCUACAGAACCAUCCGAAUGCUGGACAGUGGCAUCAAGCCUGUAUAUGUGUUUGAUGGGAAGCCCCCUCAGCUCAAGUCUGGAGAGUUAGAGAAGAGAGGGGAGAGGAGAGCAGAAGCUGAAAAGCUGCUCGCACAAGCACAAGAAACAGGUGAACAGGAGAACAUCGACAAGUUCAGUAAACGUCUUGUAAAAGUCACCAAGCAGCAUAAUGAUGAGUGUAAAAAACUCCUCACGUUAAUGGGAGUGCCUUAUAUUGAGGCUCCAUGUGAGGCUGAGGCCAGCUGUGCAGCUCUGGUAAAGGCAGGAAAAGUGUACGCCACAGCAACUGAAGAUAUGGAUGGAUUAACUUUUGGAACAAGCAUCCUGUUGAGACACUUAACCGCGAGUGAAGCUAAGAAACUUCCAAUCCAAGAGUUUCAUUUCAGCCGCAUUCUGCAGGAGAUGAGCUUAUCACAUCAGCAGUUCAUCGAUUUAUGUAUCCUACUGGGCUGUGACUACUGUGGUACAAUCAAAGGAAUUGGACCCAAGAGAGCAAUUGACCUCAUCAAACAACAUGGUUCGAUUGAAGAAAUCCUUGACAACAUUGAUCAGUCUAAACACCCUGCCCCAGAAAACUGGCUUUAUAAGGAGGCUCGAGCCCUGUUUCUGGAGCCUGAGGUGGUGGACUGUUCCACUGCGGAGCUCAAGUGGAAUGAGCCUGAUGAGGAUGGACUGGUUCAGUUUAUGUGCGAUGAGAAACAGUUUAAUGAGGAGCGUAUCCGUAAUGGCUGUAAGAAAAUAAUGAAGAGUAGACAGGGGAGCACUCAAGGGAGACUGGACACGUUCUUUACUGUCACAGGAUCCAUCUCUUCUAAACGAAAGGAGCCUGAAGCAAAAGGCUCAGCCAAGAAGAAACAGAAGACGAGUGCAACACCAGGCAAAUUCAAGAAGGGCAAAUGAAAAAAUCUAAAGUGAGCAUUUGUGGGAUUGAGGAGCCAUAACAGUAGAACGUGCUAUGAUAGUACUUCUGGUACUUUCUAUGGCCUUUUCAUAUUGAAGUUACCUGGAACUACACAAUGCUGCAAAACUUGCUUCAGUGAACUUGUUUCUGUUUUAAUUAAAUAAAGAAACCUCUUUAAACAA